AUGUCGGAGACACCAAAGCGAGUCGCUAAGCAUCCAUUGAAGAGUGUGAACGUAAUGCCGCCAAAACCAGCAGAACCACGACCAAAAAAGGAACGGAAACCGCUAUAUGUGCCGCCACCACCUAAAGAGGUAAAGAAGGUGCUUGCAGAGCGAAAGGAGGUAAAAACAUCAACACCCAACCUUAAAAGUGGCGAGAAGACCAUCGAAACUCCGAAUGUCUCCAAGAUUGAAGAUGCAACUCCAGCACGGCAAAUUAAAAGUAAGCCCCAGUUCCCAACGUCGUCAUUUGCAGGUGGAAAGCCGCUAGUUAAAACGCGGCAUAGCACCACGAAGUUGAAUGGAACAGCAGCACCCACAGAGAUCUCAAACACCGAAAAAUUGCAACGAUUGCGAUUUGUAACCCGAGCAUUUGAUGCGAUUUGUAUACUCAUCGCUAAGUCUGAAGCAGAACGUGACCGUACGCGGCGAGAAUUGGAAGAAGCAAAUGAGAAAAUUGGUGAGAGCAUUAGCAAAGUUUGUGAAGAUCUUGUGGUCGCAAUUUUCCGCCCAAUAUUGAAUAAGGAAAAAUUGCUUUUCACUUGCAACAAUCUGGAUAAUUCCUAA